AUGACUCUCCUUGCAUUAAAAGAAGAUCGGCCUACGCCCAAGGCCGUCUACAACUGGCGGGUGUAUGCCUGCGCUGCCACAGCAUCCUUUGCAGCAUGCAUGAUUGGAUACGACUCUGCCUUCAUCGGCACCACUCUUGCUCUCCCUUCCUUCGAGGCAGAGUUCAACUUUGCGCAAUACACCCCAGCCCAUCUCACACUAGUCCAGCAAAACAUCGUGUCCGUAUAUCAAGCCGGAGCCUUCUUCGGAAGCUUGGCGGCCUACGUCUCCAGCUACUUUCUUGGACGUAGGAAAUCCCUUCUCGCGUUUGCUGCUCUCUUCAUGAUUGGAGCGGGCAUGAUGCUGGGUGCCAAUGGCAGUCGUGGCCUUGGUCUCAUCAUCGGCGGCCGCGUUGUAGCUGGCUUCGGAGUGGGAGGAUGCUCCAACAUGACACCGAUAUACAUCUCUGAGCUUGCGCCGCCAGCAGUGCGUGGACGUCUCGUGGGCCUCUACGAACUCGGGUGGCAAAUUGGUGGGCUUGUUGGGUUUUGGAUCACAUAUGGCGUCAACACAACCAUGGCACCUAGCAACACCCAGUGGCUAAUACCUUUUGCCGUCCAAUUGAUCCCCGGAGGACUGCUGCUGAUUGGUGCCAUAUUCAUCCCGGAAUCUCCACGCUGGCUCUUCUUGAAGAGCAAGCGAGAGGAGGCUCUGAAGAUUCUCUGCUGGAUGAGGCAGCUCGACCGCGAAGACAAGUAUAUCGUGGAAGAAGUAGGUUUCAUCGACGAAGAACUGGAACGGUACCGCCGAGACGUCGGUGCUGGUUUCUGGAAGCCAUUCCUGGCUUUGAAAGAGCGCAAGAUUCAAUGGAGAUUCUUGCUUGGCGCCCUUUUAUUCAUUUUCCAGAAUGGCUCCGGUAUCAACGCAAUCAAUUACUACAGUCCAACUGUCUUCAAGAGCAUCGGCAUCACAGGAACAAACACAGGCUUUCUUACGACAGGAAUAUUUGGAGUUGUUAAAACGGUUUUAACGAUCGUGUGGCUUCUUUUCCUGAUUGAUCGUAUGGGUCGGCGCAAUCUUCUGAUGAUUGGUGCCAUCGGCGGCUCGCUCUGCAUGUGGUUCAUUGGAGCAUAUAUAAAAGUCGCCGACCCUGCCUCCAAGGUGGGUGGUAAUACCACACUAUCCUCUGGAGGCAUAGCAGCCAUUUUCUUCUUCUAUCUAUGGACGGCAUUCUACACGCCUUCCUGGAACGGAACGCCUUGGGUCAUCAAUUCCGAAAUGUUUGACCAAAACACGCGGUCUCUUGGUCAAGCCAACGCAGCGGCCAAUAACUGGUUCUGGAACUUUAUAAUUGCGAGAUUCACCCAGCAAAUGUUUGAGGCGUGGGGAUACGGGGUAUACUUUUUCUUUGCUUCUCUCAUGAUAAUUUCUGUUGUCUUUGUAUUUUUCUGUAUCCCAGAGACGAAGGCGCUGCCGCUUGAGGCCAUGGAUCGGCUUUUCAAGAUCAAGCCGACCUGGAAGGCAAACAAAAUUCUGCUGGAGGAGCUUCGAGCUGAGAAUGAGGAUUUUGCGCAAAACACGCGAGGGAUUAAUUGGGACAGCGAGAAGGAUUUCGCAACUGAGCAGGUGGAGGGUGAGACGACGAACGUGUAA